AUGAAAGAGGAAUAUUUGGGGAUGUCGUGCUCGAUUUGCGGAGCAAUGGCCGAUGGAUUGCACUACGGAGCUGUUUCGUGUCGCUCGUGUAACGCUUUCUUUCGCCGAGCCGUCAGCUAUAAUCAGAAAUACGAUUGUCGCUACAAUAAUCAAUGCGAUGUGACAGUUGAGGGACGGUGCAGUUGUCGAGCUUGCCGUUUCAGGAAAUGUGUCGACGCCGGGAUGAAAGUUGCUGCCGUUCAACCCCGUCGCGAUCCAACCGGCUCACAAAAGGAGCGCCGAAAGCGUCAAUUGGACGGAUCGGAUGAUGAGAUGGGAUCACCGCCGUGGAAGAGCGAACCAGUGGACAGCCCACAGGAUGAGGGAAGUCCCUACAGCUCAAUGAAUGGAUCGAUUGGGAGGAGAGAGAAAUACGAUGUCGAUUUGAGGGAGGGAUACAAGCCAUCGGUGCAGCGAUGGCCGAGUGGUACAGUGUUCAUUUCCAGAGCGAGAGCUCGAAGAUAUGAUGAAGAGGGUCCCCUCAACGCCGGUGUCACUCCAUAUCCGAUCAAGACACAAGAAGUCAAGGAGCUUAUGUCAAAAAGAACAAUUAAAGACAUUCUCACCCUACACGAGGAGCAAUUUAAACAACAAGGCAUUCGUCACAGUGUUGGUGGAGAGAAAUUCGAUACAUCUCACGUCGAUAACUCAGCUUGGACGAAACCACCGGAAGCCUUUGACGAGACGAGCUGUGACCCGGGAGAAGAGUUUGAGAGAAUGGCUGUGAUGUACAAAGAACACGUUGAACAGAUGCGACUCAAUAUGCUAUCGUUUCCCGAUUUCUUGGAGCCGAAACCGCGAAGAGCGAUGACACCGGACGACGUUGAAGGACUUAGCAAGGCCGAGCUGGCCGGUUUGCUCUAUUGGAUCUCGAAGAUGAAACCCUAUGCAACAUUGCCUUUAAGUGAUCGGACAGCUCUCCUCAAGCGGUAUUCGGUGCGAAAGUUGAGCUUGGAUCAUUUCUAUGUCGCUUCUCAACACAGGGAACACAUUGAGAAGCGAAACUUUUGCAUGUUGAACAACACCUAUGUGCCACCGGGAGCCACGGGAUUCGAGCUAAACACUGAUGAUCCACAACAGAUCGCCGCGAAACAAGAAAUCUUUCGCCCAACUUUCGAGCGAAUCUGGCGGACGGUUAUAAUUCCGUUUGAGCAGAUGCAAAUCCAAGACAUUGAGAUCGUUUUUCUUCACGGGAUGCUUCUUUGGAGUCCUUUAAACUCGAUACACGUUGAAGAGGAGACUCGUCCAUUGCUGAAAGAACAACGAGAAUGGUUCACCGGAAGAUUGAACGAAUACUAUCUGAAUAGCGGGAUGAGCUUGAUGGAGGCCGGUGUGCGAAUGGGGCAAAUCAUUCUCGUUCUCGCCGAAGUUGAGCUAAUCUGCAAUCAACAUUGUCACGACUUCCAAGUGUGCAAACUCUUCGAGUUUUGCGAUAUGAGUCGAUACUGGUACGAGCAAUUGUGCUAUUCAAAGAUCAACACAAUGGCGAUCACUUACGCGGAUGAGUGUCGGGAUACAAAAACAAGAGUGGCACAAGAGAAACAAAAAGCGGCUCUGAUAAAACACUAUCAAGAGAAGGACAAUCAGAAAGCAGUGAGUGGGCCAAUUGUCGAUGAUGCGCUAGAUGAGCAGACGAAAGCGCUUGACGCCUGGAAGAGCCAACAAGCCUACCGCCAAUCCAUUCAUCAAAUCAUGCAACGAGCCGAGCAACAGUUACUCCCACCACAGCCAGCUGUUGUUCAAGUGUCUUCACUCCAACAACGACACUUUCCAAUCGCGAGUACAUCUCUUAUGAAUCAACCUGUGACAUUGAAGAAGAGCAAGGAAAAUCAUCCGACUCAACCCCAUCAAACACUCCAGACAUCGGUCGUUUCCCCUCCCGAUCAAUCAAUCAUCUCACCACCGGCUUUCAACAAAUUCGAUGAUAGAAAUCAGUUGGAUUUGGGUGGAAAACAGUCAAUUUCUUCUUCUCCACCCGAAUUGGAGCCAUCAGAGCGUUUCGGUGACUCAGCGGCGCCAAAUCUCAGACCUCGAAUCUCGGGUCCAGGAUUCGGUGAAAUGGGACGGAGCAAGAAAAUGAAGGACAUCACAAUGAUGCUCUAUUCGGAAGCUACGAAUGAGGAAUUCUUAGUGAAGUUCACCGAGGACGGCUCGGGCGUCGAACCACCAACGAGUCUCCUUGCUUCACCGGAUCUUGUCGAUGAAAAUGUCGACAGUUUGGUCACUCCGCCACCUCCACACUCCGACAACGCUUAUCCCAUUCAUCAGAAUUUCUUUGCCCGCAUAUCG